AUGGGUCUCUUGUACGUAUUCUUCCUCCUCCUCCGUCUUCGCGGGCGCGGACAACCCGUCUCCGCAAGAUGGCACCAUCUCUUGGGCAAUCACGCCAUACUGAUACCUGGCGUGAAGGGCUCUGGGAACGGCUCUGGAUUGGCCAGCUGCCAAAAAGGAGGCCGAUUUGGUCAGAUCCUGGGGAAUCAAGAAAUAUGGAACAAAGCCAAGGGCAAGGAGCGGGAUGCUAUGCUCUGGGGUGAUGAGGCCUUGGCCAGCGACAAGGGACUCUCUCAGGAGGGCAAUGCUCCCAAUGGCUCCGGUCCACAGGCCAACCAGCCACUUCCGGUGUUCCACCCCGAGUUUGGGAGGUUCAUGCUCGAGGCCACUCCCGGGAAACCCUGGGGAAUAGAAUUCAAGGAGCUCUUGGAGGUCGAGCCGGACAUGAAGCUGAGGAGGCGUAUCGCCAAAGACCACAUGCUCCCGGACGAAUACCCCAUCACAUUGACGACCUUCCCAAGGCUAGGCAGCCCAGGGGUCUUCACUAACCCCUUCUACCCGGUCUCAGGGUCUAAACUGAGGUCUCAGUUUGUCCCGGACGAGAUCGCAAACCCUCAUAUUCGGUUCCCCACGCUCGCAGCCAACAUCCGCUCUCGUCGUGGGCGGAAGGUGCAGGUGAAUGUGCCGGUUUUCAGAGACGAGCAGACCCCCUGGCCGUGGCGCGACCCAACCGUCAACUUCGACCUUCAUCAGUGGCCCGAGGACGACGAUGUCCGCAACGGCGCUGCGCCCGACAACUUCAUUCACAUGGAUGCCAUGGCAUUUGGCAUGGGAAGCUGCUGCUUGCAGAUUACGUUCCAGGCGAAGAACCUGACCGAGGGAAGGCAGAUGUACGACCAACUCAGCCCGCUCGGGCCCAUCAUGCUUGCCCUGACGGCCGCAACGCCCAUCUAUAAGGGUUUCCUCGCCGACACGGAUGUCAGGUGGAACCAGAUUGGCAACGCCGUCGAUGACCGGACUCCCGGAGAGAUGGGAGAGGCGCCCCUCGCGAACGACCGCUGGCGGAUACCCAAGUCGCGAUACGCCUCCAACUCGACGUACAUCUCCGAGGACUCGCGGCUGCGGCCCGAGUAUUUUGACCCAGACCUCGUCAUUGACGAGAACAUCAAGCAGCAGCUCCUCGACGGUGGCAUGGAUGACCGGCUCGCCACGCACUUUGCCCACCUCUUCAUCCGCGAUCCCAUUGUCAUCUUUUCGGAAGACUUGAAGGAGCUCGACAUGAACAAGACGGACCACUUCGAGAACAUCCAGAGCACCAACUGGCAGCACAUGCGCUUCAAGCCGCCACCGGCCGAUAACAGCAUCGGGUGGCGCGUCGAGUUCCGGCCCAUGGAGAUCCAGAUCACCGACUUCGAGAACGCCGCCUUCUCCGUCUUCAUGGUGCUCGUCACGCGCGUCAUCCUCAGCUACAACCUCAACUUCUACAUCCCCAUCAAGAAGGUCGACGAGAACAUGGAGACGGCCCACGCCCGCGACGCCGUGCUCUCGCGCAAGUUCUACUUCCGCCGCAACCUGUUCCCGCCCGCCCGCACCGCCCGCAGCUCCGGCUCCGGCGCCUCCACCCCGAGCACCAUCAGCCGCCCGCCCACCCCCACGGGGCCCGUCGAGGACGAGUACCGCCUCAUGAGCAUCAAUGAAAUCAUCAACGGCACCGCCUACGCCGCCGCCAACCCAGCCAGACCGGCCGACGACGGCCAUGCCAGUGACGACGACGAGGAGGACGACUUCCCCGGCCUGAUCCCCCUCGUCGAGAGCUACCUCGACUCGGUCAACGUCGAUGUCGCCACCCGCUGCCACCUGGCUACGUACCUGAGCCUGAUCCGGAAGCGUGCCAGCGGCGAGCUGAUCACUGCCGCCACCUGGAUCAGGGAGUUUGUGGCGAAGCACCCCGAGUAUAAGCAGGAUAGUGUGGUGGGGGAUCAGAUUACCAAGGAUCUGAUUGCUGCGGUUAUUGAGGUCGGGCGGUGCGAGGCGGAGGAGGGGAAGGGGUUGGCCGCGGUGGUGGGCGUGCCGGGGCUGGAGGGGCUUUUGGGGGGGUUGAGGUGA